GCAAGCUCUCUCUGCCUCUCUGCACUCUCAGCUCUCUCAUCGCACGCACGCGACUCAUUUGACAUUUCAAGCGAAGUGGAUUUGUUUUGUUUUCAACACUACUGAAGACAAAAUUACGAUACAACACAUUCUUCGUUCGCGCGUAAGUACAAUCGGCCUCACAAAUGGCACUAGUCGUGCAAAAACUACUAUCUCGAUGCAGCAGACCCUGCACGCAAAUAACGCGCCUAUUUCACGAUGAAUUCAGUUCACCAGAGCCUCCCAAAGCUGGGCAACAUCGAAACAAACGAAACGAACAGCAUGUUCCUUCUGCUGGAUCAAUUGCAAACAAGUACCAAAUCUUCCGCGAUGUGGAUGCAUCGGUGAUUCUGGAUGUCGAGGAAGAGCGACAGCUUCAGAGGCAACAAGUACAAGAUGGAACCGGAGCAGACAUCGAAGAUGCUGACGGAAGUAAAGCACUGCCAAGCAUUUUCAAUGGAAUCAAUCUGCAACGUGGCAAAACAGGUGUCUUUGAGAUAGAUGACCUGGUCACAGUGCUUCGAUUGAAUAAUGCCGAGAACAUUUUCGUGUGUUCCGUGCCCAAAGAAUACAAAUAUGUGGACUUUAUCUGCAUCGCGACGGGCAUGAGCUUUCGGCACAUGCGAGGUAUAUCGGAGUUUGUACGCAAAGUGUACAAAAUGAAGCGACACCAAACGGAUAUCAUACCGAAAAUCGAGGGCGAAAACAGUCGCGAUUGGAUGGCAUUAGAUCUGGGCAACAUUGCGCUGCACAUCUUCUCAGAGACGGCUCGGGAACAAUACGACCUGGAAUCACUUUGGGCGAUCGGAGCCAAGUACGAUAAAGAGUGCAACAAACCGGAUGAGCCGUUGGUGGAACUGUUCGAAAGGCAUUCUAUUUAUUUGAAUGAUUUGAAACCGUUGAAGUCAAACCAGCCGAAUGAGAAUUCCUUGGCGUAGACGAAGUGCUUUAAUACAGGCUGCCGCUAUAAAUAAAAUAAUUGUACCUAAAGAGA